GACACAAAUCGAAACGAUCUUUACCAUAACAGUAAACUCUAGCAAAGCUGCUUUUCUUUCUUAAUUACUAUGGGGAAGAAAAGAACAAGAGACGACAGCUCGUCGGAACGUGGCAACUCCAAAAAGAAACAUAAGAAGAAUAAGCACAAGAGCAAGCACCACAAAGAAAUGAAGCCUCCAAUCACUCUCAAGAUAAAGCUGGGUGACAAGUACAUGAGUACCACAGGUGAUGGAUCCUUCCUCGAUGAUGUGAGCAGUGUUGCUGAGAGUGAGCCCCUGUCAUUAGCAGAUCAAUCAGUGGGCGUGUUCGAGGAUGGGGAGGGCAGUGACAUCUCCGUCGGAAAAGACGAAUAUGAGGAAGUUGGCACUAGCGGGGUGGUAGGUGAUGAUGAUGAGGAGGCGUGGCUAGAAGCUCUUGAGUCAGGAGGCGUGGACGAGAGAGGCUACCUCCCGGCAAAGAAAGCCUCUACCCUGACAGCUAGACAGAGGGCACUACUGGGUGGAGAGGACAGUGAAGCUCUCAUGGAACUACCACUCACUAAAAAAGGGACAGUUACGGAGGAAGACGUGCUCAAAAAGAUGGAGAAGAAUCAAAAGAGGCGCGUAGCUGCACUGAAACGAAAAGAGAAGAGAAAAUCCGAGACAGUUAGAAAGCUGAUUGAGAAAACCACCAAGAAGAAGGAUGAAGACAAGCCAAAACUUGUCAGGGCAGCAUUUCCCCACAUCCGCUACAUAACCAGUACACGGCCAUUACAACUAACCACAGCAGGCUCAAAGGAAGACGUACAUUCUCUUCCUUUGUUGCCUCCUCUACACUCUCUUCUUUCGUUGCCUCCUGGUAUGGACUAUCCCAUAACACGACAGGCGUCUGCCAGGCCCCCUCCCCUCACCCUGUGCUCUGUUGAGGGUUGCAACCAAGUCAAGAAGUACUCCGACUCAUGCACAAGCCUGCCCCUGUGUAGCUUGCAAUGUUAUCAGAAACUAAGAGCUACAGACAGUCACUCAAUACCUGUUACAUCAUGAUUUAUAAUCUUGUGCUGUACGUGACAUAGUCAUAAUUCCAUUGUUCCAUGAUUGUCACCACCAACGUUGGUUGCUACGUACAUACCUGUUACAUCAUGAUUUAUAAUCAAUGUUUUUGUCAUUCCAUUGUUCCAUGAUUGUCACCACCAAC